UCCAUUUUCACAUCGACAUCCGAGACAGACAGGAACAGAACUUUUAGUAUAUGUUGUCUGACAUUGACUGACGGAGUGACAGAUUUAUUUAUUUUAUUAUGGCUACAUACGAAUUACCUUGGGAAUAUUCUUUUCCACCCUUUUACACUUUACAGCAUCAUGAAGAAACAAAAAAGCGACAGAUAUCUGUAUGGGCCGACAUUGUGCUGAAGUAUUAUAAAUCCACAAACAAUAACAAAUUGAGCAUUUCUACUUCGACACUUUUUAAAAAUGAUUCCAUUGGUAGAAAAGUAUCCGAUGAACUUGCUUUACAAAUUUUUGAAUCAUUGCACAAAUCAGGAUUUGCCCAUCCAAUUGAUAAAGAAAGAAACGAAUGGAAUUUAUGUUGGUAUACCUUGGACGAGUAUGCAGACAUGAUGUAUUCUUGGGCGUCAGAAACCGGACAUUCAAACACUAUUUGCACUUUGUUUGAAUUGAGUUCUGCAAAAUCAGAAUUCUCAGAAGUUGAUGAAGAAAUUUUGAUCAAAGCUUUGCGAAAGUUGGAGGAACGUGGGAAAUGUGAGCUUAUAAAUAUGGAUGGCGCUUAUGGAGUUAAAUUUUUCUAAACUCAUUGUUUCAUUUGUAUUUUCUUUAAUUAAAAGCAUAACAGCAAAGAUAUAUUCCACUAAACAUAAAACACAA